AAGCUUGCAAAUGAAAGGAAGAUUUUUAAGAAAUAUAAACACAAUAAAUACUUUCCUCCAGAUUAUGAUCCGUCAAAGAUUCCCCGACUUAAACGUGGUAAUAAAAGUCGUCAAUUUAACAUCCGAACUAUGGCUCCCUUUAACAUGAGGUGCCUAACCUGUAAUGGUUAUAUUUACAAAGCCAAAAAGUUUAACUCCCGAAUGGAAACUGCUGAGGGUGUAAAUUACCUUGGUCUUAGGCACUACCGGUUUUAUAUCCGCUGUCCAGGGUGCUGUGCAGAAAUUAUUUGGAGAACUGAUCUCGAAUCAAACGAUUAUGUCAUCGAAAGUGGAGCUAAGAGAAAUUUCGAAGCUCUUAAAACUGCCGAAGAGAUGGAAGCAAAGAAAGCAGCACUGGAGGAAGAAGAACUUGCAAACAAUCCUAUGAAACUGUUAGAAAAACGAACGAAUCAGAGCAAGUAUGAAAUGGAAACUGCUGAAGCUAUUGAUGAUCUGAAGGAAAUGAACAAACGGCAAGCAACAAUGGAAACAGAUAACUUUCUUCUGCGGAAUUUGUGGCAAGAACAGGAAGCUGAACAAGCUGCAAGGGAAAAGGCUGAUGAAGAUUUUAUUAAGGAAGUAAUGGAAGCGAAAAAGCAGGGGAUUCCGGUUUGGGAAAUUGCCGAGAAGUUUGAUCCUGAUGAUACAGCUACAGAAGGUCCCACUCUCAGUGAGCUCAAACCUGAUUCUCUUUCUUCUCAGAAAGCUCCUCCCAAACCCAAGUCUUGCCUUCCAAAGGAAGCGAAAAAGCCCAAAACUGCUGAAUCUCCACUAACUAGUGUCCCCACCACAAGUUAUAAUCCCCUUGGUUUAGCCUACUCUUCAGGCGACAGCGAAAGCGAUUAG